GCAUAUUAAUGCAAAAUGAAUGGCAUGAAUCGUGUCGAUUUAAAAGUGGUUUUAUUGGGUAACGCAGCUGUAGGAAAAACAAGUCUUGUGGAACGUUUCGUAAAUGAAAGGUUUAACGAAAGUCUAUCUUAUCAAAAUACUAUAGGCGCUGCAUUUGCAGCUAAGCAAAUGCAAGUCAAUGGGAAAAGGCUUAUCAUGGGAAUAUGGGACACAGCAGGCAGUGAAAAAUAUGAUGCUAUGAGUAGAAUAUAUUACCGCAGUGCAAAAGCUGCUGUUAUUUGUUAUGAUAUCACAAAAUCAAAUACAUUUCAAAGAGCAAAAUUUUGGGUAAGAGAACUUAGAAGUGUUGAAGAAGGAUGUAAAAUAUACAUUUGUGCUACAAAAAAUGAUAUCUUAGAGCACGGUGCAGUUCCAUCUCCUGAUAUUAGUGUUGUAGAAGCAUAUGCUACAGGAAUUCAAGCUAAAUUUUUUAUUACAUCUAGUAAAACUGGAGAAAAUGUUGCUGAAUUAUUUAAUGAAAUUGCACAAGACUUUGUAUCUGAUCCAAAUAAUGUAGAAAAAAUUGAAGAGACAAUUGAAAUAACUAAUGAGUCCACAACUAAAGCAACAUAUUGUUGUCAUUGAAAAUAUCAAAAUCAGUAUUAAAAAUUAUCACAAUUUUCUUAUAUAUUUAUCAUAUUUUAUAUUAUUUUAUACAAGUGAAUAUCACAAAUGUAAAUUGAUGCGGUAUACUGUAACUUGAUAUAUUAUUGAAUGUAAAUGUAAGAAAAUUCUUGCCCUUGAAGAUUAUUUUUAAAUAUAUUUUAUAUUUUACUCUG